AUGAGCACACAGCGAUCGGGGAAACUCUGGUACCAGGCGCGGGGGUUUGCGAAACGCGUGCGCCACUGGGAGGCCCUGCCGCACCGAGUUAUCCUUACGCUGACGUCGAGACACGUCAAGGCUCAGGUCGUAAACUGGCGGAAAGGAACGGUUGACGCAGAGGCUUCGAGCUUGCAAGAGCCUAUUCGUCUCGGGAAUGCGCCCGAGCUGGCAUCGGAAACCUCUUCAGAAACGGUAUCGGGCGAGUGUGCGCAGGCGGAGCUCGUGGGCUAUCAGUCCGCGUCCACGGAGGCUGCCCGCCGCGUAGGCCUUGUGCUGGGUAAGCGGGCGUGCGCAGCUGGUAUCCGUCAGGCGCAAUGGUCGCAACCGGGGCGGUUUCACGGGAAGAUUCGUGCUUUCUACGAGGCGCUCUGCUCAACAGGGUUCAAGCUCAAGACGGAACGAUGA